AUGCCUCCAACACGACGGACUAAUGCUAUACCCAGUACGAGCAGCAGUACGAGCAGCAGCAGUACAAGCAACCGACAGCGACCUUCUACACGUAUAACGCUUGAUAGUGACGAUGAUAUGGACUAUAGUAAUAGCAAUAACCGCAAUAGCCACAGCAACCACAGCGACCGCAAUAACAACGACGACGAAGUUCAAUUCAGAUCAGCAAGGCGUCUACGUGGUAUCGAUAAUGGUAUCCUUGUCAAUCAAACGCAGCCACCCCAGCAACCAGCAAACGUAUCGCACUCACUGCCUGCACGGCCUAUAAGGCCACGCACUGCAAGUUACCCUAACAAUCCAUUCAUCCGUCACCCACGCCAUCAUCCACAUUCAACGCAUUUCCUCGCAAUGACAGAAAUGGGUGCGUUGCGUAUAUUGCACGAUAGCAUGCCAAACAAUCGUCCUAUGAUGGGUAGAGGUUGGGAUGGACUAGGAUUAGAUGGUGUAGACGCCCGCAUUCGACAACGCUAUCAUCAAUUAGAUAUACCCCUCCAUCAGAUCGGUUUCGGUGGUGUGUAUCACCCGCAUAUGGUCCAGCCUGUGAAACAUAGUUAUAGUACUAAGCUCAGCCAUCCCAGGAAAUGGCCGGGGUUUUCUCAAAACGGUGGUCCUAAUGUUCGGUCGAGAUUAAUCCUCGACGCGGCUUCUGAUAGACAACUGACUAUACACGGAGAAGGCGAUAACGCACUUUAUGCUCUUAGAUGUGGGCAUGUUAUAGAUGGUAAUACACAUCACAAUCUCAUCGAGAAUAACGUCAUUCCUAAGAAACGGAAGACUAUCCAAUCAAAACCAUAUCGACAAUCACGGGCAACUUCAGCCAUCAAUAACACCCUACGCAGGCAUCCAUUCGUAACAUUUGGAUUGCCAUUCAUUACAAUAAUGGUUGUUGCUUCGUUUGGCAUGUCUACAUUCACUCAAACUAAGUAUGACAGAGCAGAUGGUAAAGUGAAGGAGCUAGAUAAGAAGGAAGCGCUGCAGAUUCAAAAGGGGAAAAAGCCUGUGGAUUUACGUGAGGAGUACUUUAGACUACAAUCAAAGCAAGGAGACCUGGAUAAUUGGGAGAACAAGCGAAUACGCAGAGAUAUCGCUGGAUUGGACGAAUGGAAUAUGCCUCUGCAAAAGUGA